AUGGCAGGAGGUAGUACUUUACGUAACUCCAACUCUGCUGUUACUGCUAGUCAGCGGCCUGUAGUAGCCUGCGACCUUGAUGAGGUCCUUGGCCAAUACCUGGCCACUUACUCAAAGUGGCACAAUAGAGUUUACGGCACACACUUGAAGGUCUCCGACUUCUUCACGUAUCGUUUCUGGGAAGUUCAGGGAGGUACAGCGAAGGAGGCUAUGGAGAAGUGCUACGUCUUUCACGAGUCUCCUGAGUUCAAGGCCGGCAUUCCUCUCGUUCCCGCUAGCGGCAGCAUGAGGGUGAACCAUCCUUCUGACGCAGGGCUCUCAGAUAUUGAUAUUGUGGCACUGCUGGACAUAUCUGAGUGGCUUGCGGAUUUCUCCGUUCCCGCCAGCCCAGCUGUUGCUGCCACAAUCGAUCAAUCACCUGGCACCCCAGUGAGCACAGACCCUUUGUCGGUCAGACUCGUUGACAGGCUUCAGGGUGUUCCGGAGAGCUCCCUCUCUUCAAAAAUGAAGCGCGUCCAGGAGCGGUUAUAA